AUGCACCCCAAAGUUCAGCUGGAUUUCUGGAAUUUUGAAGCUGGAUCUAAUGUCAGCUGGAGCUUUUGCCGAAUUCUCAAGUUGAGAUCUAUUGCUUUCCCUAUAGUCUCGGGUGCUCAUCAGCCGAUCAAGGAAGUCUGGGAUAAGAUUCGGAUACAACGCAUGAAGGUUUGUUGGCACAAACUUAUCUGGUACCCUUUGCAUAUCCCAAAACACAGUUUUAUUUCAUGGAUGGCCUUAUUGAAUCGGUUACCAACCAGAGACAGGUUGCAAAAAUUGGGUUUAUGUACUGAUUCUACAUGUGUUAACUGCUGCCAAGAUCAAGAAUCGCGGGAUCACCUAUUCUCUCACUGUCCUUUUGUUAUUGGACUUUGGAAAGCAGUUUUACGACUGAAUGAUAUGACUAUUCCUACUCUUACUUGGGAAACUAUGGUUUCUUGGGCUAGCACAACUUGGAGAGGGAAGUCUCUUAUCACCACCUUAUUGAAGAUUUCUUGGAACGCUUUUAUCUACUUCAUCUGA